GACUUCAAACGAUUUUAUCUAGGACAUACAAACGCAAAUGGACCGCGAUGAUAGGAACAUUUUCGCCUCUCCGUUUCUUAACUUUGACCCCUCAUUCUUGGUGACUAAUCCAGAGGAUCAGUUUAUUUUCCCAGAAGGCGAAAAACAUCGGGGUCGCUUCGAAAGAUCGUUCUCGGAAGUCGGCGCUAUGGUCAUCGGAGGGGCCACAGUUGGUGGUCUCAGAGGUUUGUAUUCUGGAUUGACGGACAUGGAAAUUAAUAAAUUGCCCACCGCGGCAAUUAAGCGCACACAGAUGCUUAAUCACGUCACCAAAUCCGGAGCAACAUUAUCUCAAACCGCCGGGUCCAUCGGGCUGAUCUACGCGCUUUCUGAUUUCAUUAUUCACAAACUACGAGGUGGAGCUGACGAUGAAAUCAACACAGUCACUGCAGCGACCAGUACAGGUUUAUUAUACGCGUUACCCGGUGCCAUCAGAUCUUCCAGCUGGCAACGUUGUCUACGCGGUGGUGCAAUUGGAUUGGCUGUGUCAGCGGUAGCUGUAACAUUUACCGGAUGGUCACACAUCAAACAGAUGUUGGGUAGUUAGAAAACCUCGUCAUGCUUCCUUUAUUCUCUCUCCCUCCCUCUUGUCGUGCAAACUUUUCGGCGGCAUGUGUGGCAUCCUCAGUCCAGUGUACAGAACCACUUUGACGUAUUCCAUAAAAGCCCCUCUGAUUCAGGCAUGUGUUUUGCCUUCUUCACCUGUGUCAUCUUGUGGUCUGCUACUUUAUGUUUCUCAUCGCCUUUGGCUCAGUGAUCGAACUUAACGAGACUACAUAAGCCUUGGUUUCCCUGUCCUUUGACUUUGCGCACAUGCGCCAACUGCGUCAACCUUGUCAGUCACACGAUUGAUCACUUGUCACGACCCGAAUUGGCUUCCUCGUGUUGUCUGUCUGCUAUACACGCAUCUGGCUUAACUUUCUCACUUCCUCACCCAUUUCGGCAGGACCAAGUGUACGGAUUUAGCUUCU